CUUGUUUAAUCAGUAUUCGUAUAAUAAUUUUGUAUGCCAUGGGUUUUGAUGAAGGCAGCAUAAUUUUGAACAGUGAGAAUGGAGCGUAUUAUCCCGGCCAAACGAUCCAUGCAAGACUGGUUUUUAAACAGGAUAAAGUGAAGAAAUUUCGCGGUAUCUACGCGAAAAUAAAGGGAUACUGCGAAGUUCGUUGGACCACUAGACACACUCGUAGGACCGCAGACAACAGAAAUGAGUCGUACGAGCGUGUGCACGAGUCCCAUGAGGAGUAUAUUAAUCGGAAGGUAUAUCUUGUGGGAGGGGAAAACGGUGAUCAUGAGUUACCACCAGGAGACCAUGACUUACCCUUCAACUUCACUCUACCACAAAACUGCCCGUCGUCUUUCGAAGGCAGUGCCGGCCAUGUUCGCUAUGAAAUAAAGGUAGUGGUCGACAGAGCAUUCAAAUUUGAUCAAGAGAAAAAAGUCGCUCUUAGAGUCAUCGUGCCAGUCGACUUGAAUGCUAACCCUUAUUGUAAGGAGCCCAUGGAGUUCAACUUCGAAGACACAUAUUGCUGCUGUUGCAUGGGCUCAGGGUCUACGGAGACGCUGGUGAAGCUCCCGCUGUCGGGGUACUGUCCGCGCCAGGUCGUGCCCGUGGAGGUCGCCUGUACCAACGGGGGGGUGGAGAUUGAUACGAUUAAACUUAUUAUUAAGCAGGAAAUCAGCUACAUAGCGACAACAAACCCAGACACGAAGCACACAAAGAGCGUCAUAGCGGAAAUUAAAAAGGGCCCCGUUCCCGCCAACACCACUCGAAAUUGGAACGUAGAGAUGGUCGUACCAGAUAUCGAUAUAUACAAUAUGGACAGUUGUAGAUUCAUCGAUAUCGAUUAUGUGUUCAAGGUGGUUGUAAGUCCAAGUGGUUGCCAUAGCGACACAGAAGGCUCGAAACGCCUUGUCAUCGGAAACAUAGCGCUAGUCGGCUAUCAGGACAAUAUUCCGAACCCGAUGCAAGAUCAAAUGCCGCAAGUGACCACCCCUCUUAUUAACCAACCCUUUAACGCAUCUCCUUACCCUAAUAGAAAUCCACCGUAUACUGGAAGUAUGCAGAAUCUAGCAAAUUCACCAUAUCCUAAUGCUACUUCACCCUAUCCUCAGAAUCCUCCCCAUCCUGGGGCAAGUCCGUACCCUACUGGACCAAAUCCUCCAUACCCGGCACCAUCGCCUAUACCAGGAAAUAAAUCACCUUAUCCUGAACCAUCCCCUAUUCCGGGAAAUAACCGGCCCUUCCCAGUUCCAUCCCCAGUACCUGGACACAACCCACCCUACCCAGUUCCAUCUCCUAUUCCAGGAAAUAACCCGCCCUAUCCAGUAACAUCCCCGAUUCCAGGAAAUAACCCGCCGUAUCCUACAUCCUCUCCGUAUCCUACAAACUCUAAUAAUGCAUAUAAUCCGCAAACUGUACCGUAUCCUAAUUCGCAAAAUAGCACGCCAUAUCCUCAAUCGAAUUCUCCCUAUCCUCAAAAUCCUCCCCAUCCUCAAACCAGUCCAUAUCCUAGUCAAGGAACAGGACUAAAGACAGGAACGUUUGGAUUUGCCGUACCUGGAAUGCCUGUUAGGACUUCGGACAAUGUUCCUGAUCCUACCUCGCCAAUGUCGAACAUGAAUCCAUAUGCGACAGCCAGCGCUCCGCCCGACACUCCUGAUAAAUAAGAGUUAAAAUUAUUAUUAAUUGAAAUGCUAUAUUUUUGUAACAAGCAACACUUUUGUAUGAUUUUUUUUUAUUUGUAACAUUCUCGUACAAUUAUUUAGAACUAUGUGAUUUUUUUAUUAUUUACAGAACAUAAUAAUAGGUCAUUAUUUAGUACAUAAAAACUUUAUAUUAAUAAACACAAUGAUGUUAUGAACAAAGAUCCAUUUAUAUUUAGCAAUUAAUAUUUGAUCGUUUACAUGUUUUAUUCAUGUUUUAGUAGUAUACGUAGAUGUUAGGUGCUUCAAGAUUAUUUUCGAUUAUAUUUCUUGAAAAGUUAAUUUCUACAAAUUAUCUGAUUUUUGGUUUAGAAAGUUGUGUUUUUUGUUAACUUUUAAUAUGUUGCUUCAGUUUUGAAAUUAC